AUGGACGAUGACAUCAAUCAUUGCAGAGUCCUUGAUGCGAUAGCUAAAGAUGCAAGAGAGCUGCAUGUAGUUGAACUAUUAGAGUACAUGAGGACUCUUCAUGAAGGACUAAUGAAAAGUUAUCGAAUACAAAGGGUGAGGGCUUCAACAGAUUACAUCCAUACUGUGAUAGAUGGUAUGAAGCGCCUUAUUGUUUGCCUUCAAAACAAGAGAUGUAGUUGUGGACAAUUCCAGCUUGAUGAACUUCCUUGUCCACAUGCUUUGGCGGCUUUGAGGCACAUGAACGAGUCUUUUGAAAACUAUUAUUCUCCUUAUUACACGAAGGACAGCCUUUUGCAGACUUAUGAAAUACUAAUAGACCUGCUGCCUGAUGAAAGCAAAUGGAAUGUGCCACAACAUAUAGCAGAAGAAGUUGUAAUGCCACCUACUGGGAAAAGGCAGCCAGGGAGACCUCAAAAACAAAGAUACAAACCAUAUAAUUAA